CCCUCCGCGCUGCGCUCUCUCUCGGUUUUCAGCCCACCAGCCCAGCUGCCUCCUCCAAUCCAACCUCAUACGGCAGCUGAGCGGAGCGCCGAGCAGACAUGGACACAUCCACGCUUUAACUUUCGCCGCUCUGCCUUCUCCUGCUUCCCUUGCGCUGAGCUCCCAGUGUAGAGAAAGAAAAAAAAAAAAAGACUUCACUGGUUGGCGGCCGCAUGGGAAUGUAAACAUUUCUCCUCCUCCCUCUCCUUUUUUCCAACAAUUUCCACUUAAUCCCGUCACUUUCCGUGGAAGGGCUAUUGUUGUUCCAGGCUUCAUGCUCCCCUCAUGCGUCGGGAAAGCCAUGGCCUCUCCAAGCGCACAGCAGCACCACCACCAGCAGCAGAACCAGGACUACUUCAGGUCGGUGAGCAGCGAGUCCACCACCUACAUGAUGGUCCCCACGGGGAGCCCCGGCGGGACCGCGCGCCGGGAGGCACCGUCCAAGAUGUGGUUGGCCAUGGUGGUGAUCGUGGUGGUGGUCCUGCAGAUUGCGUCCACCACUGGGCUCUUUGUCUACCUGAACAUGUCCAUCUCACAGGUUCGUAGCCAAGGAGUGACAGAGGAACUAAAGUGCCUGAGUUUACUGAAUGCUCUGGACAAGGACCAGGACAUCCCAGAUCAGCUGGCCCAGCUCUUCGGGGAACCAUGCAUCAAGUUGGCUGAAGGCAUCAAGGCCUACAUCUCGAAGGUGACGGAGAACAUCAUCUCCAAACAAACCUUCAUUGAGGCGAGAACAAUGCCUCGCUCUUUCAACAACUCAAAGUUCAUGAGCUCCGUGGCCCAGAGGCCGUCUGCCCACCUGACUCUUCGGGACACCAGCUCUCAAGGGUUCUCUCCCUAUCCGAUUCCCACAGCGAACCUCCACCAGUCCUGUCGCCAUGUGGUCCGCUCGUGGGCCAAUCAGAGCUUUGGCGCUCACCUGCACAACAUGACGCUGACCAAUGGGAGGCUGCGAGUGCCUCAAGACGGGCGGUACUACUUGUACUCACAGGUAUAUUUUCGGUAUCCGUCUCCAGCAGCCAGUGACGGGGACCAGCGCAGCGUCAGCCACCAGCUGGUGCAGUGCGUCUACAAGAAAACCUCCUACCCAAGCCCGAUACAGCUCCUGAAGGGUGUGGGAACCAAAUGCUGGGCUCCAGAUGCCGAGUACGCCCUGCACUCCGUCUACCAGGGGGGCCUGUUUGAGCUGAGGGCCGGUGACGAACUCUUCGUCUCCGUCUCCUCUCCUACUAUGGUGAAUGCCGAUGAUUCGUCCAGUUACUUCGGGGCCUUCCGCUUGGACCUUUAAGAGAACAUGAUGGGAGAUGAUUGGUAAAAAGAGACGCUACGGAGGAAAUGGAGACAAUGAGAUAGACACCUUUUUAAUAUCAAUUGAUUACAAUUGUGAGCCUCAUUCUUGACACUAAAUGAGGAAAACAUUUGGGAAACCUGCAAGAGGUUUGGGUGAAAGGGAGAGAAGAGUGGAUUUGUCUUUCCUACUUCCCAUUGAGAGAAAAAUCGGUUGAGAGACGUGCAAUCAUCAAUAUGAGAGGACAGUACUAAUUUGCAGUCGAUUCUUGCAGUUUGGAUUUCACAAAAGACGAUCAUUUGGACACCCCCGCUGAAAACGAUCUCGGUGAACUUCCUGUUUUAAACAAACUUUGUUGUAAAAAGCAAUUGUACCCACGGAUCUCCGAACCAAAGAAUGUACACACCCGUCUUCUGCAUCAAAGAUGUGAAGAAGGGCUUUUGAACGGUAGCAGAAGAAGCGCAAUGAUCAAACCAAAGCAAACUGAGUUUAACUUUUCUAAGCGUGCCAUGAGAGUACUGUACAUAUAUAGGCCUUAAGAUGGGAUGUGACCUGUGGUGAUUUAAAAAAAAAAUCUAAUUCAUUUGUAUUUUUACUUUGACUUGACCUGAAAACCACUUGGACUAGAACCAUGAACUGUAUGAAAAGUAUGACAGAGGAUAAGGAUUUCCUUUUCCUGCUGGAUACUGUAAGGAACUGUGAUCAGACUAGAACUUUCUGAAGAAGAGUCUGUAAAGAAAAGAGAAGUGAAAACAAAGAGGACAAAGGUGAAAUCUUGUAAAUGGCAAUAAGAAUGAGCCCAGCAAAGCAGAGGAAGAUAAAAAAAAAAAAGACUCAGAGAGGCUCAGGGUGGCAUGCAGCCUAACCAGUCUCUUGCUCUUCCCUUCUGUCAAUGGUUUCUCCAUGUUUUCUCAUAAAAAGUUUCGUCUAUGUUGCCUUUCUUGUCUAACCUGUGAAGUUGCAUUAUGUUUUACUGUAAGAAAAGAAUCAGAAUGUGCAGAAAAACACUAGUAGCUCAGUUGCAAACAUUCACAGCUAGCAUGGUUGUAAAAGUUAAGUUGUGAACAUUUGUUGUUGUUGUUGUUGUUUUUGUUUGUUUAGGGACUACGUUGCAUCUAGCACCUUGUACAUUGAAAUACAUUCAGAGAAAUGUUCAAAUGCUAAAUUUAUCUCAAUUUUAAUCUUCCUUUAUAACAACCUCUUAAAAUUGGUGAAAGGUGAAAAUAACAUGUUCAAAUACUUGCAUCAAUGUGUGCCAGAGCAAGACUUUAGCCUUUUUUUAAAAAAUAAAUCAAAAAGCCUUUUUGCUGCCUUCUGAUAAGCCACCACCAGAGGGUGCUGAAAGGUCAAAGGUGAGUUUAGUGUGGGAAAAAAAACCACAUUAAUUUGAAAGUUUGGGUGGAAAAAAGUGCAAAUAUACGCUUUAAUUUCAUCCUGUGACUAAUUCUGUUUAUUUUUUUUCUGAUAUCAGUUUGCUAACGCCUAGUGUUGCAUAGUUUUACCAGAUGAAUGGGAAGACAAAGGGCUUGUUAAGUAGAAGAGACACAUUAGAAAAAAGAUCUUUUGAAAAAGCUGGGAAAGCUCAAUGAGCACCUGAAGCAUGCGUCAGAUAAACUAGUAAAGGGGAGUGGACUCAUGGUUUUACAUUACAUAGAGUAGCAGAAGUGCCAGUCAUGCUGUGCUAAGCUAACCCUGUCAUAGCAUAAAGUCUCAUCUAACUGAUUCACUCUAUAUUCUGUUAUUCGCAUUAGAUUGUUUUUGUCUCAUUAUCAAAAAAUUAAGUUAAGCCGGUAAUAUGGAACAGACCGUGGAUAUUAUACCACACAGCUCAGCUACCAAUGAGGCUAGUUUAAGCUAACCCAAGUCCAUGUGCUAAAGGAAGUGUAACUGAUUCACUUUAUUUAUUCUUUGUGCUCGUUUUGGCUGGUUUGGAUAUGAGGUUCAUUGGUGUUUGGCAAACUGAUUUCAAAUAAGUUGGCUAUAACUUAAAACAAUCUUUUUGCUGCUGUAGUUGGCAUUACGAAGUGCUCCAUACGAACUACCACGCCUUGAUCUGCUACACAGAAAACCAACAACGACACUCUGGAGUCUGUUCCCUGUUAAGAUUUCAUUCGUUCAAUAUUUAUCCAUCUGAGAUGUGAUCCAUUUGUUCAAGACUUUGUGUUGUACGUCAUGUGGAAAAAGUGGCCGUUGGCAUUUGUUUACUUAAUUUUGUCAAGAAAUUGUAAAUAAUGUCAUAGAACCAGUUAAUUACUGUGAUAUAAUCCUUCCCCCAUGGACCAGGAGGCGUUAAAUAUAUUUUGAAAUCAAAGUUAAUGUUAGUAUUAGCUCCUUUGUUUACAUUAGAAAGAUGUAAUUUUGCCUUAAAUUUGUGGAAAAAAAUUAAAGAAAUUCUUACAGAAGUGCCUACAGUUAGUCUGUACCAUACGUGUUUUUGAUUAUUUUAGCCGUUUAAAAUAAUUCAAACUGAAAAUGCAGACCUUGUGCACUUUCACAAGAGACUGCUGUUGUUUGUCACAAUUAUCCCAGUUUAACAAUGGCCUUGCCACAGCUCUAAAAUUACAUCAGUUCAUGCCAAUAGCUAACUUACUAGCAUUUGGCAGACCCCGCUAACAGUCGGUCUGCUGGUUCCAGCCAACUAACAAGUCGCAGAUGAUGUGGUGAACUGUUGUAGUCGGCAAAGUCAACCAAAGCUUAGACAAUAAACUGUUCAGGUUAGCAUCCAUAACAUUAGGUUUCACUAACAAGAGGAUGUAAACAAAAAUCACUAGCUCUAAAGACAAUAAAAAAAAAAUAAAUUCUGUCCAUUUUCCCUUUUUAUUGUAAAUUAGGGUUACAUCAACCAAGAAGUUACUCGUUACGACCGCCUCUUUUUUUAUUUUACUUUCUAGCCUAGAUGUUUUGUGGGAAGUAAAGCAGAAAAUGUAAUUGUCAGAACUGAAACUGGUGGUGAUAGUUCAAUCUAGAUGGAACAAGAUAUCAGGAAAUAUAUUGUCCAAAAAGUGCCUUUACGGUUUGUCAUUGAAUUUCAUGUCUGACCUACUUUGCAGUUUUGUAAAAAUUUUACAACUCUUACUUCAACAAUAAAAUAAAAUUUUAAAAAAUGAGGUAGAGCUAAUUUGUGAGGGAUGAAAGGUCAAAUUAAAUAUGGCUGUACGACAUAAAUAGAAGCAUCAGAAAAAUAAGACGCCUCUCCCAGAGUCAUGCAGCAGUUAUAAGACAAACCCCAAAGACAUUAAGGUUUUGGAAGACAGCCCAGAUAAAGAAAGUCACAGACAGACAUAAAAAAAAAGUGUUUUGGGAAGAAGCAAGAUAUUCACUGACACAAACCAUGCACCACCUAGCACUGACUUGACCCCGACACAUUUUCUUUUCACUGGUAUGUGGACAUGUAUGCCCAUAAAAGACACACACACACACACACACUCACAUCAGCUCGCACUACAUGCCGGCCAGCAUGUGCUCUGCAGACACACCAAUCAUCUUGUGUCACACUCUGUGGAAAAGCACAAACACUCAGAUUUAUACACGCUCAGAAAUUUACGGCGCAGCCUCCCUGUGCCAUCUGGUUGUUGUCAGUGGUCAGGUCUUGUGUGUGUGGGCGUGCGCGCGUGUGUGUGCUCUUACUGUAUGGCUUUAUUUAAACAGCUUAUGUCACAAUCACAAUUAAGAAAUGAGGUACAACAAAUCAAACGCACCUUCCUUUGCCUUUCCACUUAAAUGGUUUUCCCAGGAGUAAAGGACAUUUCUACACACGAGCUGACAUUCUGACUCGGAACAGAAAUUUAUGCGAUCAGGUGAGGUAAUAAUUCAAAUUUAAUGGUUUAACUUUAAAAAUUAUUGCAGUUUCAACCAUUUUUUUAAUGUGCUUCCCAUCAGUGUUCUGUCUUGCUCUUCAUGUUUGACCCUCAGCAUGCUAUUUCAAAAGGGCAACAGCCACCCGGUGCCCCACCCCCGUAAAAACAUCACGUUAUUAUCACAAUAUACCCGACCAUUUUGUAACAAUAAAUCCAUCAAUGUCUUCUUAAACAUUUGCAUUGAAUGUCUAAGGGCUUUGUUUCUACUGAACAGUUUUAUACGUAGCUGUGAACAUUAGUGGCACAGUGUUGUUGGGAAAAUAAAUAAAUAUCUGACUAUAA